GAGUUGUAACGAUGAACUGGCUGGGACAACCGGUUCUACUUUGUUAGAGGUGAAAUGCCUUCCCACCACAAUACACCACACUGUCGUGAGGUAUCCCACAGAUGAUUGCUGGUUCGUUUAUUGCCAUAUUAAACAUUUAAAGCCCGCCAGUUGGGACGAUUUAUCGAUUGUAUCCUAGUUUGUGGCAUGAAGAAUAGAGGGACUUGCGAUUGGAUUGUCAUUCGUCUUUUAGUCCAUGAUUUCAUGGCAAUACUGAACAUACAAUGCCACGAUUGAUAGUGUUGGUUGUUUUGUUAUUGGCUUCUCAACUGGGGGAAGCGAAGAAAAGGAAAAGAUCCGGAGAAGUAUAUUCUUAUCAAAGUGUUGAUAAUGGUGGUGUUGUCGAUAUUCUUAAAAAUACUAGAGGUGCCCAUACUUUUCAAUCAGUGGAUGCAAACGGAAAUGUACAAUCUUCAUCAAUAAAUUAUAUGGGGUCCAACACCGGUUCUGAUAUGGGAUAUAAUUCAGGAAACGUUAAAAUCAUUAAAACAAACGGUAAUAAUCUAGUACUGGAUUUAUCUACUAAUUCUUUUAAUAACAAUAACAUGCUAACCGAUGAUUAUUACUACGAUAACGACAGUCAAAUCUCAAUAAUUUCCCACUACGCACAAUUAAUGAACAACUUUAUAACGCCAAUUUCGGUGCGUUAUAACACAGGUUUUAUUGGAACCACCGAUACAACAAACGUACUUGAAUAUAUAUUCGUUCAUUAUUAUUCUGGAAAGCUUAUAUCCUCAGAUGUAAUAAAUUUUCGUCCCGAAGAUUUACACACCUGCCCAUUAAUUGAGUAUUGUUUAAAAGAAACGCGCCCAUUAUGCAUAGGCACAAUAACUUACUGCGUAACGCCAAUUCGAAAAACUGCCGGAUGUUCACCGGAAUUUAAAAACGGAAAUAAACCUUGCCUAACAACCACCAUACCCAACAAAAAUAAAAAAGAAGAAAAAAUCGUUCUUCCUUGUAUCGCAAUUUUAGCACAAACCGGUUCAAGAAAGAAAUAUUGCGCAACAACCAUUGUUGUUAACACUAAAAUGAGGGAAACGAUGGCUAAAGUGGAAAGGACCGUGCAAAGUUCUAUGGCACGUGCACAACAAGCUAUAGCAAAUGGAUUAAACGCUGGAAGGCUUGGGUUACAAAGAGGAAUGGAAACUAUGAGAAAAGCUUUUGGGAGAUAUCCUAUGUUUAAUAUAAAUUAAAACACAAAAAUAUUUUGUAGAGUAUAAUUAUUUAAUAAAUUGUUUGAAAUUA